AUGGCUGAUUCUUCAACCAACCCAAAGGAUCAUCAAAAAAAUUCACGUCUCUAUCAUCCCUACCAGCACCUCAACAUUCCCGUCGACAAGCUCUACAACCUCCCCACCUCGCCGGAGCAUCUCUUCCCAGAAGAAGCUUCCAGAAAGCACCGUUCAUGGGCCGACAACCUCCAGUACUACACCGGCACCGGCUACCUCUCGGGUUCCAUCAUCGGAGGCACAAGAGGAACGAUUGAAGGUCUCAAGGCUGCUGAGGCAGGCGAGUCUCUUAAGAUCCGAGUCAACCGUGUUCUUAACUCGGGUGGUCAAGGUGGUCGUAGACUCGGUAACUCGCUUGGGGUUUUGGGAUUGAUUUUUGCAGGAUUGGAGAGUGCUAUGAUUCAUGUUAGGGAUACGGAUGACUUGGUUAACAGCGCGGUUGCCGGACUCGGUACCGGAGUACUUUAUAAGGCUGCGGCUGGGCCUCGAUCGGCUGUUAUUGCUGGUGCUCUAGGUGGAAUUGCGGCGGCUGUGGCAGUUGCCGGGAAACAAGCUUUUAAACGACACAUUCCAAUUUAA